AUGUCAUUUGGUGGUUUUACAAAUUUUGCAAAAAAUGCACUUCUUACAGCUCAAAAACAUAUAGAUUCUGCUCUUCAUAUAGAAGAGGAUGGUGGUGAAUCUGGUGAUGAAAAUGAAGACGAUGAGACUGAACGGGAAGAUAAUGUUAAUAAUAAUUUAUUUGAGAGUUCAACAAGUUUGUAUCAAAGUGCUCUUUUGGUUGGUUUUAUUUUUUAA